UUAAGUUUAUGAAGUUAGAGCUAUUGUGACCUGACAAGAUUAUUUUCAUCCGCAAAAGUAGUAGCAUGUUUUCUCAAAUUAUGUACAGAUUUACAUUAUUAAAACAUGGACAAAUUAAUCUGCGUUGCUUUAAUGUUAGUAACCAUGAUUUAAGAGGUAAAUCCCCGGUUUAUUGGGCAAGAUCUAAGCUGAUUCAGUGUCGGUCUGCUUCAAAAUCUAGCUUCGCUAGAACAACAUAUCCAGCAAGCACAGUGACAAUGAACAGAAACUUGACUAAUGUAAACUGUCACCAUGGAAACAAAGAUGCUGACAGUGGGAGGAGCAUCUCAUCACUAUCAACAGCUUUCAAGGACAUCAGAUCACCAUUCAAUCAAACUUCAAGACAUGGACGUCUGUGGCCUGAUGGAUUCUCACUUUUGGUAACAAACUAUCAAAGCGUUCGUGGGUUUGCAUCAUCUACUAGUACUAGAGGUAAAAAGACAAAAGGGAAGAAAGAACGAAGACAACAAGAUGAACUAACGGAUGAUGAUGAAAGUGAUGAUGAUAUUGUCCCUGAGGAUGAGAGAGAUUGGGAUCCAGAGACGGAUGGGAAGAUGGAGGUAGAGGAUGAGGAGGUCAAAGAUUGGAAGGAUUUACGUCAGUUUGUUCCAUCAUUGAGACUUGAUGCUGUACUUGGUGCUGGGCUUGGGAUCUCAAGGAAGAGUGUUGAAGAUGCAUUUCUUAGUACGAGAUUGCGGGUGAACGGAGAGAAAGUCACAAAAAAGAGCAAGCAGGUAAAAGAAGGUGACAUCUUGGAUUUGAUCUUAGAGCGAAGCACGCCCUCACAGGCUGGGGAGGGAGAGGCUAGGAAUGAGAUGUCUGUAAUGCGGAUUCACAUCAAGGAAAUCUCAGCCGAUAAAACAGGGAAAGACAGGAUACCAGUGUUUCUACGACGCUGGAAGAAUCUACUAGUGGCUAAAGACAAAUAGACAUUUGGCAAUCAUGGUUUUGUUCUGUGUCCCAUCUUCAUCACAACUGUCAUGUCCCAACUAUAGUUGGGGAACCAGUCUUGCUUGAACCCCCCCCCCCCCCAAAAAAAAAAAAAAAUGAAUAAACAAAUCCUACGAAGAAUUGCCAAGAUUCCCAGGACACAGAGAAGGCGCAAUGGGAGGGGGGCUGGUGCAUGCUUAAUAUAAAUAAGCACCAAAAGUAACAACACUUCUUUAUUGGUUUGUACCGAUCAGGAAUUCAAUAACAUAAGACACCAAGAUACGAAGACCGUUUGAUGUAUUGUUAUUUAUUGACAGAAAUUUAUAGAUAGAUACAAAUAUCAAAUUAGAGUACAGCUUACCCCAAGAUAUUUUAUUAUAAUUACAUCAUUUAUCAAAUAGACUUAUAUUUUCUCAAUUUGUAUGGAUAUUAUUUGCCUUUCCUAAGAAUUCCACUGAUGCAUUGGAUACUAUUCUCUGAGAAAGAAAUUAUUUUUGAGGGAAUGAAAACUCCAAAUUGUAAAGAAAUUCGUUAGUUUUAAAUGAAGUGGGUAUUGUUGGCAUGUUCCCUGUAUCCUACAAAAAUAGAUGAAUAUGACUUCACAUGACAACACCAAGGGAGCAGACUAUUUCUCAGCCUCGGUUUCAUUACACAGAAUUAAAAUGAAGAUGGCUGUCGGACUGAAAAGGUUUACUAACCCCAAAACAUGUUCUAUAGAUUACUGCAAGUAUACAUGGAAUUUUGGAUCGUUUAUCAAUACAUGUAAUCCCUGAAAAUAUUGACACUCAAAUCUGUAAUUCACAACAUUUUGAGGCCUCCAAACAUGAAUAGGCUCUCCUGGUUGAUUCAGUAUUUAUGGUGAGAUACAACCUUAUGAACUUGUGAUGUAAUACACAAGAUUAAGUGCAAAUAUUGUAGCACAAAUUACAAAAACACUAGACACUUUGCAGAAGGGUGGUCCUUGCCACAUACAAAACCCAGUUGUGCUAAUCAGCUGCACGUCUUUAAGUGCUAUUGUAAAAUAUAACAUAUUAUCAUAUGAUUCUUAUUGAUGUCAAUAAAUGUGUACAUGUACAUAAAUAUUAUGUUAUCAAAGGCAA